GGACAGGCCGGGAGGAUGGCGGUGUUUGUGUUAUGCCUGGGAUGGCUCGUGCUAUCAUUAGGCGUUCUCAUCGGCUAUAUUUUGAUGCAUUUAGAACUUUUACCAAUACCAAUUAAACAUCUGUACCUUUUUGGUAAAUUAAGGAAAAGAACAGAGCCACCUUCCUUCGUAAGAUAUGCAGAUGUUCCAAAAAGGUGGUUUCUACAUUUCUACCUGAUCGGCUUGGUGUGUAAUACAAGUGCUCUCAUGAUAAUCCUGGAGGUGUGGAAGGUGCACCUGCCCGGUUCAACUGAAGACAUCCUACAGGUGCUCCAUAUAGGCAAAGCAAACUAUCGCGCUGAGCCCAGCCCAGUGUUACCUGUCCUGCUGGUAUUAGUUUGUGAGGAGCUGCAGGUAUUACGACGUCUAUAUGAGUGUAUGGCCGUCAGUGUUUACUCUGACAGCAAGAUGAGCGUCAUCCAUUACUUCACAGGAAUCAUCAUGUACUCAACAUUUGGGGUCAGUCUUCUAGCCGAGCUGUCUGCGGUCAGUCUGCCAGCCGAGCUGGUGAGGAGGGAGAGGAUGCCAACAGAAGGUGAAGGAGAACUAUCAUUGUCUUUACCAUUGUCUGAGGUCAGUCUUCUGACAGAGGUAGUGAGCAGGGAGAGGAUGCCAACAGAAGUGAACUGGGGUCUAAGUUUACCUCAGUGUUUAGGGCUGGUGGUGUUUGUCUGGGCUUGGUGUAAGCAAUACUCACUGACAAAGAUGCUGGCUCGACUGAGGACACAGUCAACAAGUGGAUCUGGGGACAUUUCCCAUCACCUCCCAUCUGGGGACUUGUUUGAGCUGGUCUCAUGCCCCCACUACCUCAUGGAAAUCCUGCUGUACACCUCAUUCUGCCUCAUCACCCGCUUCCAGUCCCCCACACUCAACUGUGUGGCCUGCUUUGUGCUGGUCAAUCAGCUUAUCUCGGCCCAGUUGACCCACACCUGGUACAGGGCUUCCUUCUACAAAUACCCACCACACAGACGGGCCAUUCUGCCCUACCUGUUGUAG